AUGGCCUUACUCAAUAUACAAGCAGUCUCGGCCCAAAUGGACGCAAAUUUCAACGCGAAAAUUUUGAAUUUUCGAAUGGUCGAGGAGGGAAAGUAUACGGUCUACCGUAUCCAGAUAACAGUGGACACAUAUACGUGGACCGUUGAACGACGCUACAGCGACUUUGAUGCUUACGACAUUCAACGGUUCACAGAUCGAAAGAAAUCGUUUCUACCACCGAAAAAGCGACUAGGAAACAAAGACCUAGAAUUCAUUGAAGAGCGACGAAUCGAGUUGGAGAAGUAUGUGCGGGCACUUUUGGAGCUAGAAGUUUGGUAUCAGAAGCAGAAGAAUGUACAUUCAUUGCCAUUGAUUUCGGCAAAGUUUUUCGAUUUUCAUCAAUAUGUGAGUUAUUUAUAA